AUGGAAAUGACUCGGUUGAUGGGGAGCAAAAACACAUGCCCAGCGCUAACGAGACAGCAGUGUGAAGAAAAUAAUGCCACGGAGACACGAAGAAUUAUGCCUUCAUUACAGUCGCUCGCUUUAGUACAGCGAGAGAGACAGCAUGCACCUCACACACCACCUGAUUUACAUGCACACGGCCGAGUGGAGCAGAGAGCCAACACACAGCCGAGUAGAGCCCAGAGCCAACACACAGCCGAGUGGAGCCUAGAGCCAACGCACAGCCGAGUGGAGCCCAGAGCCAACGCACAGCCGAGUAGAGCCGAGAGCCAACGCACAGCCGAGUGGAGCCCAGAGCCAACGCACGGCCGAGUGGAGCCCAGAGCCAACGCACAGCCGAGUGGAGCCCAGAGCCAACGCACAGCCGAGUGGAGCCCAGAGCCAACGCACAGCCGAGUGGAGCCCAGAGCCAACGCACAGCCGAGUGGAGCCCAGAGCCAACACACAGCCGAGUGGAGCCCAGAGCCAACGCACAGCCGAGUAGAGCCGAGAGCCAACGCACAGCCGAUUGGAGCCGAGAGCCAACGCACAGCCGAGUGGAGCCGAGAGCCAACGCACAGCCAAAUGGAGCCGAGAGCCAACGCACAGCCGAGUGGAGCCGAGAGCCAACGCACAGCCGAGUGGAGCCCAGAGCCAACGCACAGCCGAGUAGAGCCGAGAGCCAACACACAGCCGAGUGGAGCCGAGAGCCAACGCACAGCCGAGUGGAGCCCAGAGCCAACGCACAGCCGAGUAGAGCCGAGAGCCAACACACAGCCGAGUGGAGCCCAGAGCCAACACACGGCCAAGUGGAGCCCAGAGUCAACACACAGCCGAGUGGAGCCCAGAGCCAACGCACAGCCGAGUGGAGCCGAGGGCCAACACAUAGCCGAAUGA